AUGAUGUCCUUUAGUGCUACUGGUGUGGAAGUCAGCCCCUUUGUGCACAGAGUCUGUGCAGGCUCCCUGCUGUCAGCAGAGAGAGGUCCCCAGGUCCCGCUAGGAGAGGAUCUUGCCAGUCAGGACUCCUGGGCCCAGGCAGGAAAGGCGGAGCGGCAGGAGAGCACGGACAGAGUGCACGGCGCCCAGGAGUUCAGGUGGAAGGAGUUGGCUGCAUGUGAGAGAAAGCGCCACUCCUCAUUAGAGAGGGCGUCUGAAGUGGCGGCAGCGACAGCGGAGGAAUGGCAGCCUCAGAGGGAUCUGCUGAAGGAAGCGGUUCCUCUGGCAGUGCCAAAGGUUUUCCGCCGGCAGCGGCCAGCCCACAGGGGCCUGGAGAAGCUGCUGCAGGAGUUCUCCUGCCAAGGGCACACCCUGUCCCAGGUGUGCAGAGAGAAGGCGGUGCUGGCACAGGAGAACGCUGCCCUGGAAGCACGACUGGCAGCCACGGAGCGGGACCUGCGAGGCCUUUCAGAGCAGCUGGCAGAGGCCAGGUCAGAGAAGGAGAGCCUGCAAAGCAGCCUGCUGGAGGCACAGCAGCACUUAUGGGAGCUGGAGAUGGCCAGGAGCCGUGUGGAAGCCCAAGUGCACAGGGCCAGGCAGGCCAAGGAGGCGAUACUGGAGGAUGUGAGGGGCCUUCGUCGUGAGCUGCUGGCUGUAAGAGCUCUCAGCCAGCAGCAACGUGAAGACAUGGCUGAACAGCUGCGCUGGGCACAAGAGCAGUGCUGCAAGGUUCUGAGACUCUGGCAAUCUGCCCAGGAAGAGGAAAAAACGAAUCUCAUGCAAGAACUGGAGAGACAACUGGAAGAGCAGCAUGUGGAGGCGCGGAAGCAGCUGGAGGAACGGGCAAACUUCCUGGCAGAGACCUCCUUGUUGUAUUCCACGGGCGGGGAAAUGAAGAAGAGAUCAUUGGGAAAAUCUUUGAUUCCCCGUCUGCGCAAGGCAGGAAUUCCCCCUGUGGGCAGUGCUGCUGGGUCUGUGCACAGCUCUCCCCAGCUGGAAUUGCAGGAGUCCCAGGAGAUGAGGCCAAGACCCAGCAGCAGAAGCCAGGAGAAGACCCCAGAGCAUGUAGAUCUGACUGGCUACCCUCUUGCCAAGAGGUUUUCCCUGGCAAGUCCCUCGAUGCUCCUUCCCUCCAAGCCGUUGCCUCCCAUCCAGAGGAGCUCUCCUUCUGCCACGCCAAGCAAGAUGUGCAGCAGAGAGCAGGAGACUGGGAAUGCUGGCAAUGGCUGGGAUGAGGAGAGUAGAAAAAACCAGGAGCUCACAGCAGAGGGAAAAGGAAGAGAGACCUCCUUGCUGUAUUCCACGGGCGGGGAAAUGAAGAAGAGAUCAUUGGGAAAAUCUUUGAUUCCCCGUCUGCGCAAGGCAGGAAUUCCCCCUGUGGGCAGUGCUGCUGGGUCUGUGCACAGCUCUCCCCAGAUGGAAUUGCAGGAGUCCCAGGAGAUGAGGCCAAGACCCAGCAGCAGAAGCCAGGAGAAGACCCCGGAGCAUGCAGAUCUGACUGGCUACCCUCUUGCCAAGAGGUUUUCCCUGGCAAGUCUCUCGAUGCUCCUUCCCUCCAAGCCGUUGCCCCCCAUCCAGAGGAGCUCUCCUUCUGCCACGCCAAGCAAGAUGUGCAGCGGAGAGCAGGAGACUGGGAAUGCUGGCAAUGGCUGGGAUGAGGAGAGUAGAAAAAACCAGGAGCUCACAGCAGAGGGAAAAGGAAAAGAGACAUCCUUGCCUUCUCCUGUUGGUAAAGAAAUGACGAAGAGAUCAUUGGGUAAAUCUUUGAUCCCCCGUCUACGCAAGGCAGGAAUUCCCCGUGUUGGCAGUGCAGCUGGGUCUGUGCACAGCUCUCCAAAGAUGGAAUUGCAGGAGUCCCAGGAGAUGAGUCCAAGACCCAGCAACAGAAGCCAAGAGAAGACCCUGGAGUAUGCAGGCCUCCCACUGAGUCAGGCCAAGGAGACAGAUCAUCCCAGCAGUCCUGGUCUUAGGAGUGACAAAGAGCGGAGGGACAGCUUUGGAAAGACCCACGCUGAAUUGUGCAGGUUGGCUAAAGAGAACUUAGAGCAGAAGAAAAUGGAGAUUUUGUUGGAAGAGAUGAAGAGGAGACAAAAUGGAAAAUCCUUGCAGCUUCCUCCAGAGACAUUUGAGCCUGGGGAUGCAGCUGAAGCAAGCUUCAGCCUACCACCUAUCAAUGGCACAGCUCCCAGUGUCCAGAGAAAAGACCCUGGUAGCGCCAUGAAGAAAAUGGUUGUGAGAAAGCAGGACAAGGUGCCCUUACAGCCCAGUACGCCCACCCUCCAUGGAGAUGGCAGCUUCCCAUGCAGCUCCUCAGUGACCUCGCAGACAGCCACUGGUGCCCUGCGCCGAGAGGAGCCACUCCGUGGGCACAGGCAGAAGGACAGAGCCUUUUCAGACCCACAGCAGGCCUUGCAGGAGGCACUGUCCUUGCUGGGCAGCGACGACUGGGAACGGAAGAAGAAAGGACUCUUGAACAUCACACUGCUGGCUGAGUCCCAUUCACAAGUCCUGCUCUGUCGACUUCGUGAGAUUUGCUUGGCAGUUACCAGAGAGGUGACCAACCUCCGGUCCAACGUGUCCUGCUCUGCAAUUGUCACUCUGGGAGAGCUCUUUGCGAUCAUGGGGAAGGACAUGGACUCCGAGGUGGAUCAGAUUACUGCAGUCCUUCUCCACAUGUUGCGGAACUCCCCAGAGUUUAUUCAGAAGGCAGCCUGUCAGAGCCUGGGCAUGAUGAUAGAGAACGUGACUCCUACACGAGCAAUGACUGCUCUCAUGGACAAUGGAGUCAAGAGCCGCUACGUCCCGGCGCGGAAGUGUACGGCCGAACUCCUCCUGUCCUUGAUGGAGAAAAUGGGAGUCACGAAGCUUGCAGGCACACCCAGGGCUGAGAGGCUGGCACAGGUGGCAGGGACACUCGCUCAGGACAGUCACAAGGACACGAGGCAUUAUGGACAGGAGAUGGUGAAGAUGUUGCUUAGUAAUCAAAAAUUUAAAAAGCUUUUGGAACAAUCUCUUUCCACGCAUGACCUGGAAGAUAUCCUGAAGAGAAUUAAGAAGAAAGAAUACUGCCCUGCUGUCAAGCCCUGUGGAGCUGGAAGAAACUUGGGGAUGGAAAACAACAAGGCUGAACUCCCACCUGUGCAGGAGCCGGUGAAGAAGAGGAAUGAUGGCUCCCAGAAGCCCCAGGCCACAUCGCCUCCUAGCAAACGGGCAAAGUCUGCCACUGGUGGACGCCGCCUACACCGUGCAAGAGCCCAGGUCACAUUACCUGCAUCUGUGGAAGAAAGGGAGCUGCUCCAGAAGCUUUACCAUCUCCUGGAAGCCAAGGCGUUCCAGACACGGAUGGAAGGAGUGGCACUCCUCCUAGACCUGUCCAAAACCAGACCCCAGCUGAUCUCCACUAACAUUGUCCAAAUUUUUGAUUAUUUUGGCCUGAGAAUCUGUGACACACAUAAGAAAGUGAAGCAGAAGGCGCUGGAGGCGCUGGCAGAAAUCAUAGGACUGCUGCAGGAUGCCAUGAACCCAUUGAUGAUCCGUUUGGUUGAAGGCAUAACAAAGAACCUAAACUCAAAGGAUCCCGGGGUUCAUGCUGCAGCUAUGACGGCUCUGGACCAAUCUGUUGUGCAUUUAGAUGAAGUAUCACUGAUGAAAGAGCUCUGCCACCAAUGGAGACGACUGAGUGGCCAAGCUCUGCUGGAUGUCACAGAGCGUAUCACAGUGCUUGUGGAAUGGGCUCAUGCCAGGAGCCCUGAAGCGGUCGAGCGCUACGCCCUGCCCGUGCUCUGGUCCUGCCUGGAGAACAAGGCGCUGCCUGUGCGAAGCGCCAACGUCUGCGCUGUGGUCACCAAGCUGGCCUGUGCCCUCUGCGAGGCACUGGGCAGCCAGAUCAUUAAGUUUGCUGACAGCACACCUCCACACGUGCAGGAAAACCUCAACAGCCUUCUGGGCUGGUGAAGGUUUGAUGUUCUCCAGAAAGUGGACAAAGUUCUGAGCUGGACACCACCGGACGUGACUUUUCAGCUGUGCCAGAAAUGACAAAAUACUAAGGAAGGGUGUGCAUCUGCCCCUGCUCUGUUAUCAGCAUUGCCCUUCCUAAUCAUGACAUGGGAGGCCUCAAGCAGACUGAUGACAAGGUAAAGAUGAAGUAUGGAUCAGCCUCAAGUGAACCCUGACAGAGGAAAAGGUGAAGACAAAGCAUGGAUCAGCCUGAAGCAACUGCAGACUGAGGACAAGGUGAAGACCAAGCAUGGAUCUGCCUCACACAGAGAUACGACCAGCUACAGUCUUUCCAAGUUUUCUCUGGACAUUUCCAAUAUUCCCUUACCAGGAAAGUCCUUGCCUGCAGUCCAGAAGUGCUCUUACCUCCAAGAUCAGGAAGAAGCUACCGACUGUCCAAAGAAUGUUUCAAGUUAGGAUUUAGGCUUUAGGAUUAUCAAGAAGAGGAUUCACCAAGAAGAGCAUUCAUCAAGAAUAGGAUUCAUCAAGAAGAGGAUUCAUCCAGAUUAGGAUUCAUCAAGAAUAGGAUUCAUCCGCAAUAGGAGUUAGGAUUUUGGAAUAGGUUUAGGCUUCAUAGUUACGGAUGUAUCUGUGUUCUGAUAGUUUUGAAUAACUGUGUUUGAUUGUAUAUUUAAAUUUUGAUGAGAUAUUUUAAUUGUAUAUAUUUUAUUUUGAUGAUUUUAAAAAACUAAAAAAUAAAUAAAAUUUAAAUAAACCAAAAGAGGAUUUGA